GCCUCACCUGCGGCGGCGCCCCGGGAGCGGCGGGCCCCAGCCCUGGGCGAGAGCCCGCUGCGGGGCGCCCCGAGCCCCGGACCCCCGGGCCCGCCGCGGGAGGGGAGCGUCGGCCUCGCGGUCCGCUGGCUCGACGCGGACGCGGCUCGGAGAGGGCGCCGUGGGGCCGCGGAGGCGGCGGGACGAGCCGGACGCCCGAACCGACCCGUCGCGGCCGCGUCGCUUUCUGUCCCGCGCGCGACGCCCCACAGAAGCCCGACAUCCUCCGAAGUGAGGCGCGGGGCCGGACACGCGGAAAACCGCCUCGGAAGGGCGGACGGCGCUCGACGACCCGGCCGGGGCAGGCCAAGCGCUAAACACCCGGGCGGGACAAGGCCAAAGGCGGGCGUUUUCACAAGAAAAGACGCGACGAGCAAACAGGUGGAAACGACGUGCGAGUGGACGGUGCGCGCUGCGGACGCGCCCGAAUGUCCAAAACGCGUUGAAGAAAACCCAGGAGGAGCCACGGUUCUCGGGACAUUAAAUUUCUUUCUUAAAACUGGGUAUUAUCGGAGCAAACCAAAAAUACGGAUCCUGAAUACCAAACACCAAAACGUACUGUGGUAAAAUGACCGGGUUUUAAAGACAAAGGAAAGUCUUUGGGGCAGGUAGCAAAGCGCGCGGACAACGUCCACGGUGGGGCCCCCCAGGCCAGGCUGCGGUCGGUCGCGGACACCAUUUCCCGCGGGAGGACCAGGCCGGGCUUGCGCGCAGGGGCCGACGCUCGGUCUGGGCCAGAGAACGGGCCGGAAGAACCGGGACGCCUCGGACCGGAGAGCACAGACGCUCUCAAAGCCACGGUAGGGAGGCGGGCGGGCGUCAGAGGAGCGAGCGACUCUUGAUCUCGGGGUUGCGGGGUCCAGCCCUGCGCUGGGAGCAGAGAUUACUUAAAAAUAAAACCUUAAAAAAAAAAGUACUUGGAACUGCCCUCAAGAAGCUCCCAUUAGCCAAGAGGAGAUCAUUUGACCUUAAAAAAAAAAAAAAAGACUAGCGGUAAGUUGCAGCCCAUCUCCUGAGGAUGACAGGGAACCUGCUCGUCAUCCUCAAAACUGGGAUCAAGCCUUGUUCCUGCCCGUCUCCUGCGCACGCCACCUGGGAGUAAGUGUUCCAGCUCGUAAGGGAAACCGAACGGUAGAAAAACCAUUUUGCGUCCCCCACUGACGUGAGUGCUGGUGACAGCGAGCAUCAAAGCAGGCGGGGGUCCAGACACAGCAUCACGACACGCCCCGCCCCCCCCCCCCCCCCCCCCCCCCCCCCCCGCCAACCAGGGCACUUGACACCAGCGCUGGUCCUGCCAAAGGACUAGAUCCUGAGCACAAUCGGGCCUCCGGGUCCUGCUGCCGACCAGCCAGAAAUACAGGGUCUGAAGACGGGUGCCGAGCUGCAUCCCGAGGACGCCUGGCAGGCCAUGGAGCCCGAUUCUGCAAGGAGGGGCAGAGCUGAGGACAGCGGCAGACCAGGUAAUCCAAGUCUGGAAAAUGGCAAGCCUCAAGGUUAGUGCAGGAAGAGGCCCAUCUGGACGAUGAAACCAUAAGGAAUGAAGUCCUUACAGGAGAAGUCAGCCCGCUGGGUCUGCGGCGAGCAAAGGGGCUCGGACUAGCUGGGGACCCGCCGGCUGGGGAUCGGGCUGUCUGCUCCAUAAUAAUUCACAAAGCCAUGUUUUUUGGGCAGCAAAGCAAAGUUUAUUGCAUGAUAACACAAAGCUCCAGAAGGAGGAGGGGCCCUGAGAGGCCUGCCCUAUAGUGAUGGAUUUUCCAACAUCGAAUCUGUCUCAUAUUCUGAGGGCAAACUGCACUUGGGAAUAUUUUUAACAGCUUCUGCCGGCCACCCCCCUCGUCCGUGUCCCCAUCGGUCCUGGAGGCCCUGACACUCUCCACUGCCAUGAAGUGUGCCCCCAAUGACGGCUGUUCCCUGCUCCUGCGCGUGCGGGCCUCCCUCGUGCUGCAUGAGAGCCUGCGGGGCCUGGAGGCCUGCUCCAUGAAUCUGGACACCCAGGAGACUCAGUGUCAGAGCGUGCGGGUCUCCAGAGCCUCCCGCCACCGGCAGGUGGGGUGGCAGCUGCAGGUGCAUUUUGAUUGCUUUGAAGUGAGCGUGGCUCAGAGCCUCUACGUCACCCUGAGGACCGUCCCCCACUUCUGCGGGGUCCAGCUAGACCAGCAGUACCAUGUGGAAGACUGCAGAGACGAGGACGUGGGGAGGAACGUGCCCAUUUGCUUUGCCGGGAAGUUCUCCUACUGGGCGGACCGCAGCCGGAAGGUCAUUCUGGUCCAGGUGCCUGAGGCCCCCGGGGCCCCUGACUACUACGUGCGGCUCUGCCUGAAGUGGUUCACCUGCGACGAUGUGGGUGUCCCCGUGCGGGUGACAGUGAACCAGAUGUCCCGCACCGUCUCUCUGCCCUACAGCCAGGAGCUGCCAUGCCUGUGCCUUGAGGGCUGGUUUGCGACCCCUGACGCCGUGCGGAUGCAGGCCUGUCCCUUCGAAGAUGAGACGGAGGCCCUGUGGGAUGCUAUCCGCUACCACCCGGGGGACCGGGCACUGAGCUGGGAGCCUGCAUGUCCCGUGAGCGGCCACGUGAGCCUGUGCUGGCGCCCGGGGCCAGGGGCCCUCUGCCACAACCUGGAGCACUCGGGCCGGCCGGCGCACGGCAGGGUACAGUAUCCUUCGGUGGACACACAGCCCCGGCUCUGCCUGAAGUUCUCCACCAGCCGCGGCUCCUGGGUGCGAUGCCCUUUCCAAGAGGGACACUUCCAAGCCUGGAAGAUGACAGUCCGGCCAGCCGCCUCUCAGGGCCACCUCCGGGUCACCUUCUUCUCGCCCAGUGCCGCCCAUUUCCAGGUGCACCUGUGUCACCAAAGGAAGAAGUGGCCGCCUGCCUGCCGCCCAGGGCCCCGGGCCACGACCCACGCCCCAGCCUCAGUGAGCCGGAGUGACUUCGUGACUGACCUUGCGGUGGCCUUUGUGGACAUUCCCAGGGAAGAGGCUUGUGUCCCCAACACCUGCAUCCAGGGCUGGAGGACUGACCUGACUUUCUCCGCCCCCCACCAGCUGUGUGACCUGCAUUGCACCGCCACCCAGGGGACAGCGGACUGAGGCCACGAGCCUCAUCAGGCGCCAGCGAGUGCCCCGGCUGAAUAUGGGGGCUCAGCGGAGGCCAGCCCCCACCUGAGCUCCCAGGCCUCUGGCAGAGAAAGCCAGGUGUCAGGACUUGGAGGUGGCUCACGGGAGCCCAGGCUGUGGCGCCAGCCACCUUCUGGGUCCCCAGAGGCCCGCAGCUCCCUGGGGGCCCUCAGGCCAGGCCCUGGGCUUUGGGUCGGUUGAAGGACUUCCAGCCCCUUCCUGAAGCCCCUUGCUGAAGGCCUACAGAACGGCUGGGUGGGCCGCCCUCUUCCCAGAUGGCCUGGCCCCUGACUGCCCUGUCCCUGCUCGGUGCAGCCUCCCUCGGGAUCGCCUGUGGUCGUGGCCACCAUCCCUGGCCCAAGGACCAGGGCCUGGCAGCUACCUGAUGGCUGCCAGAGCUUUCCCAGGGCUCUGGAGAGCUGAGUGGGAGCCCACGUGCUCCACAGCCCCACUGGCCCGGGGCCAGCUUCAGCCCCUGCCCUGAGCCCUUGCGCACUGACCGGGGUCCCCAGGCCGGGCCACCCAACCCCUGCACCAGCCCUCCCGGGGGUCAGGUCGCCCUCCACUCUCUGGCCCCCCGCGGCCCAUCCAGGGAGGGCUCGCCACUUCCUGUGGCCUUAGGAGGUCCCUGCCAGGACGGGCAGUUCUCGGAAGUGUCCCACUCGCUGAUGGCCACCGCAGGGGGACCCUCGGCCCUGCAGUGGGGUCUCCACAGCCCAGGUCAGGGUCACCCGGAAGCUGGGCUGUCAGAUGUACCCCACAGACUCUGGUGCCGCACCCAAGGACUGCCAGGAUGCCCCCCUGAGCUGCGGUCAUCUGGAGGCCGGGCAUCCUCUGCACCUGACCUCCGCGCUCCCAGGGAUGGGCGCCCCCGGCCAGCCCCAUCUCCACAGCCGGCAAAUCCAGGGCCAGGCUCCGCUGUCCCCCCUGCCCUCUUCUGUCAAGGGGGCUGAUGCCCCCAGUGACCUAGGGGGUGGGCCAAGCCAGUGCGCCCCCCACCUUCAGUAAACACUUGUCCACUA